CGUGCAUUAGGUGAGAACAAGAUUAGUUUAAACUGUGAUGGCUAUCGUAGGUGAAUAGUUUAUUGCCUAUAUUAAAGCAUGUAGUAGCAAUCUGAGUUUGUGGAACUGAACCCCAACGAGGAAUUCAUGCUUCAGGGAAAUGGAGAAGACAGAACAAAAAAUGGAAAUGACCUAGAGGCCUUAGAAAUACGUUAGUGCUGUCCUGCUUCAUACUGCAACUGAGUGCAUAAUCAAUCUGGAAGCAGCACUUGUUUCCGCUUCGAUCCCAAACUACCUCACCAAGGAUUUAAAAACCCAACACGUAUGAAGGGAGGAGGAGGAGGAGGCAGCUUGUGAAAUCUGCAAGAGCAUAGGCACUUGUCAGUUUUUUUGUUUGUGUUAAAGUUGAAACACUACAUCCAAAUGAGCUACGUUUGACCGACUGGAUCUGUCAAAAACUCUUUGAAGAACUUGAUCACGGGACAAGAGUAAUGUGGACUGCUUUGAGUAAUAGUCCGAGCACUGAAUAGUUAAUAUUUUACGUUUAACUUUCGCUGUUGAUCAGUGUCUUAGUCCAUUUUAGUAAGUCUGCGAAUCUUACUUUUCUUUGAGUUUACUUUGCAAGUGCUUUUGUGUUGGAGCUAGCAAGAGUGUUCCAUCAACAUUGUGUGAUUCAAAACAGAAAGACAAUGCUUUGAUACUAGUUUAACUGGUGAGCUGAUUCCCUUUUUUGGGUUUGGUUUCUUUCACUGCCAGCCCCACGUUCUUUAGGGUGUAAAAUGGCAUUGACUCCUCCUGUUGACCAUUGUCGCUGGUUUUGUUCUAAUAAUCGGAAUAGUGAGCGGCUGUGCUAAACCCUUCGUGCAUUACUGUGCAGCUUUUUGAGAAGCAUGAGCCGCCGAUGAAUGUGCAAUUCGGGGACAGAGCAACGGUAAUCAAUUCUGAAAAACUCUUUUUUUAUUCUCUCUCCAUACUUGACUGGUCGCAGCAGGGCUGCACCUACAGAAGACUAAUAGAUUUGACUGUUUCAGGAAUCAUCUCCUGUGCUGACAGACUGUGUGCACGUGUGAAAACGCUUGCCUUCGGAUAUACGCUAGAGCUAUAAUUAUGUAUGUGAUACUCUUGACUCUUUUUGCAGAACUUUCCAUGUUUAAAGUUGUUUGGGACAUUUAAAGAAAAAAAUUGCUACCUAAUUAAGACGACUUACUCAAAGAAAAGGGCAAACAACAAACCCACAGAAAAAAACACCAUUACUUAUGUAUUGUUGCAGUGCUCGGGAAAAUAAAAUGGACUAUAAGCGACGGUUUCUGCUUGGCGGGUCCAAGCAGAAAGUGCAACAACACCAGCAGUACCCAAUGCCUGAGCUAGGCAGGACCCUGAGCGCACCUAUGGCAUCCUCCGCUGGUGUGACACCUCCGUUGACACCCACCACCCAGAUAGCAGAUAUCCAACAGGGAAUCUCCAAAUACUUGGAUGCACUGAAUGUGUUCUGCCGAGCCAGCACGCUCCUCACCGACCUCUUCAGCAGUGUUUUUCAAAAUUCACAUUAUUCUAAAGCAGCUAUGCAACUGAAAGACGUGCAGGUACAUGUCAUGGAGGCAGCAAGCAGACUCACAGCAGCAAUAAAACCAGAAAUUGCGAAAAUGCUGAUGGAACUGAGUGCAGGGACAGCAAACUUCAAAGAUCAGAAUGACUUCAGUCUUCAAGACAUUGAGGUGCUAGGCCGAUGUUUCUUGACAGUCCUGCAAGUCCACUUCCAGUUCCUGUCCCAGGCAUUGCAUCGAGUUCAGCCCAUAGCCCACUCGUGCUUGGCAGAGGCUCAAGCCCAAGAGAGGAAGAACGCAAUGGGGAGUGAAACCAUGAAGGUUGGUCGUGUGACGGAAUUGGACGAAGCUGUAAAGUCCUGGGGAGGAGCAUCAGAGGCAACUUCUCGUCUCCGUGAGAAAGGAAGUGAUGGAUGCCUAGCUGGUAUUGAAGUACAGCAGCUGUUCUGUUCUCAAACUACCACAAUCCCUGAGCAUCAGCUGAAAGAUUUAAAUAUGAAGAUUGACAGUGCUUUGCAAGCUUACAAAGUUGCUUUGGAAAGCUUGGGUCAUUGUGAGUAUGCAAUGAAGGCUGGUUUCCAUCUGAACCCUAAAGCUAUCGAAUCAUCAUUGCAGGGUUGCUGCAGUGAGGCUGAGGUGAAGCAAGCAGGAAGGAAGCAGUAUCCUGCUCAACCCCUUCAGUGUGAGCUUCCCACUGUACCUGUACAAAUUGGACCCCACUUUCUGAAGGGAGUCUCCUUCAGUGAGUCUGGAGCAGAGAAUCUGAAACUUAAAAUGCAAGCGAUGGUGCAACUUAUCAAGGAGGCAGCUGGACAGAACGAAAUCUCACCGCGAGAUGAGUCUCCGACAGAGAUCCUCAAUCAGGUCUGCCCCUCAACAUGGCGUGGUGCCUGCAAAACUGCUGUGCAGUUGUUGUUUGGUCAGGCAGGAUUGGUGGUGGUGGAUACAGCGCAAAUCGAGAAUAAAGAAGCUUAUGCCCCACAGAUCAGCCUGGAGGGCUCCAGGAUUUUGGUUCAGGUCCCUUCAACAUGGUGUUUGAAGGAGGAUCCUGCCACCAUGUCUCUCUUACAGAGGUGCCUGGACCCUGAGAAAACUCUCGGGCUGGUGGAUGUGUUGUACACAGCAGUUUUUGACUUGGGCAGAUGGAAAGAGAGAAGGGAGCAGGUUUUGCCGAGUAUCCAGAUUCAGCUACGACGAGAGUGCACUGACUUUGGGACUCAUGUGGAUCUUCCCACGGCGAAUGGGGCUAUUGUCAAGUCCUCUGGUGGACUGCAAAAGACUUUUGCGAAACUUACCUCUCGUUUCACGAAGCGAAAUUCCUGCAGCAGCAGUACGAGUCACAGUAGCAGUAGUGGCGGGAGCUUUUCGAUCCCAAGUACGCCUUCUAAGAGUAACUUUUCCAUUAACAGCUCUGAGGAGGAGCGGAAAACCAAGCUGCCCAACCACAAUGAUUUGAGACUGCAAAGCAUUUUGAACAUUGGAAGUUUCCCAAAGACGGUUGACUCGCAGGAAGCUUCACGAAGCGUGUCCAAUCCGAUAGUCAAUGGUUUCUCUGUGGACAAGAGAGAGAUAUUCUUCAAAGGGGAUGAUGUGAAGGAUGAUCAAGGCAUAAAGUUGCCAAGUGACCAGGAAAUGCAGGAUGUUAUUGACUUUCUGUCUGGGUUCAACAUGGGCAAAUCCCAAAAAGCUUCACCUCUCAUUAACAGAAGAAAUUCGGUUACAGCACCAGAGCGAAAGUCAGCUACCCUGCAGCAACCGCAGACUGUACCCCACGCUCCAUUGCCGAAUUCUCAUCAGGUUGCACAGCGCCAACAUCAGCACCAGCAACAGCAGCAGCAGCAGCAAUUGCAAUAUUACCAGCACCUCCUCCAGCCAAUUGGGCAGCAACCACCGCCAGCAAGACCCCAGACCCCUCGGGCUCCUGGGAAAUGGCCUAAUAGUUCGUCUCAGCAGUCAUCACAGAGCCCAGUUUCGGGACUGUCUCCAAUUGGGUCUGUGAGCCAGUGGAGCAAUAUUGCUGUGCAUUCCGACUUGAGUUCAGACUUGUACAGCCUAGGUCUUGUUGGCAAUUACAUGGAUAACAUCAUGGAUAAUGUUAUGUCGGACAUGUUGGGGCCGAAAGUGGCAAACACCAGGAAUAACACAUGGCCAAACCGGGUCCAGAGUGAUGGGGUAUUUGGAAUGCUGGGAGACAUUCUGCCUUUUGAUCCUGCAGUUGGUUCAGACCCAGAGUUUGCCCGGUACGUGGCUGGCGUUAGUCAGGCAAUGCAGCAGAAGCGACAGGUGCAGCAUGUCCGCCGGCACAGCACUGCCAGGACUAACUGGCCUAUUACUGAUGAACCUCACCGGCCGUGGCAGCCAUCAGAGUGCUUCACUGAGGGAGAUAUGAUGAGUUGGUCAGGGACCCAGGGAGAUUCUGCCAGUUCCAGUGAUGAGGCUUCUUCUGCUAAUGGAGACAGUUUGUUCUCCAUGUUCUCAGGGCCUGACCUUGUUGCUGCUGUCAAACCACGAAGAAAACACAGCAGUGGUGACCAAGAGACUUCUACUCUGCCAUCUCCUCCAGUCUUACACACACCAGAUGAUUUUAGCCAGUUUCUUACACAGGACAACAAAACCAAGACCUGGCCUCCGAAGGCUCCCUGGCAACACUCGACAUCCCUCACCAACACGAUGCCCAAUCCUGGUACUUCCUUGUAUCAGAUUGUGAACCCAGUCAGCCAAUGGAAUGACUCCAUGCAAAUUCUCCAGUCUCCCGUGUGGUCAACAACCAAUGACAACUCUGCUUCCACAGCAAUUUCUUCCAGUUUCUCCUUCACACAGCAGCAGCAACAGUCUCAGCAGCAGCAAGUUUCCCAGCACAAAACCAUGAACAAGGGCUUCAAAUCCUACCCCAUCAAGCAGGAACGGAGACAGUCCUAUCUUCACCAAUACUGAGUGUUUCGACAUGGUUUAACAAGGGUUCUGUAUUCUAGUGAAUAGUCAUGUGGCUUUUAAGUGCUGUGAGUGAGGUAGCCCUGCCACAUAACUGUCUUGAUUGGUCCUUGUUGGUUUGUUCUGCACUUUCUAACUGCUGGUCGGAGGUAAACCAGAUGGAGACAGAUUGUCAUCUCUGCCUCUGUUCAGAUCACCCUGUAGUGUGUUGCCAAUGGGGGACGCUGUCCAUUUAUGAUGGUAUGGAGUCAGGACUCUGUGUGUGUGACUUCUCCUGCUCUCUUGCUACCUCCAUUCAGUGUUUGGAGAUGCAUGGUAGUGCCUUUUGUACUCCAAGGCAGCUCACUGACCAUCAGGCUGUUGUUUACACCUGAAUCUGGCUCUUGAGCUUGAUCACUGGGGAGCCUGGCACAUUAGGUGGUGGUGAGGGUGGGGGAGGGGGGUGGGGUUGAUCACUGAGCUAACAAUAAGACAUUAGCUACCUGACAUCAAAAUGUAGCGGGAGAGCGUUUAAACACAUGAAGUUGCCAAUGUUGCACAUUUGCUGAACAUUACAAAGUAACAUGUAGCUCAUGCCUGAAAACCUGGUGUUUCUGGCAUCAUCUGAUCCCAGCUGCUGUGGCUGUGGGUACAGUCUAGACUGCAGAGCCUGUAAAACCGUUAGGUAUGACACUGAGGUGAAGGAAAAUAAAAAGCAUACGGUCAUUGUGACAUGUUCCCUGGGGUUCUGCUAAUUCAAUAAAAAUAGCCAAAUGUCCAAUUUCCAAUAAAGACGUUUGGGAUAGCGCUACAAUCCCUCGCUGCAGCAUUUGGGCUGCUCAUUAGGAUACAUUUCCUUUUAAAGAAUAACGUAAUCUUUGUAUUGUUGUGGUGUAAUUGCUGGUUUAAUGUAUUGAAGUUUUGAGUUUUCCACUUUCUCAGUUAUGAGCUCUGCAGCCCGUCUUUUUGAAAAGCUAACUGACACAGCACGAGACAUUUAAUGUCCCUGUGCACUGACCUUGUAUUCUCCAUGGGGUGUGGGAGAAUGGAGUUACUGGGAAUACCUUGCACGUAUUUGUAAAACUCAUACCACAGACAGUGAAGUGCGAACGGUAUCGACUGUGUUUGUAUACAGUUGUGUCAAUGACAUGCGGGGAGAAAAUAAGAAGUUAAACUAAAAAUGAUUAUUUAAAUAUAAGAGCUGCUCAAACUGUUUUAUAGUUUGUAUUGAGGAAAAAACAUUUUAAAAAAAUCAUCUAUAUAAUUUUUUGUACUUUUUUUAUUUUUUAUAAAUGAAUUAGUGAGGUUCUCUCAGGAGGCAGACUUGUUUUCAUUGCAAGACAUAGACAGACGGCACCCCAUACCCUGAAGGUGUGCGCUUCAGUUACAGUGACCUUUGGCUGAUAUCCCCACACUUGCUCAGAUGAUGAACAGCUUGCAGGGGCAUUAAUUGGUGAGUUGUUUUAAUCUGGGUGUCAGGAGCAGGGUAAAUAAAACACCUGGCACAAAUUUGCCUUGCCUUGUUGGGUAAACUUCUUUUAUAAAGUACCAUCCACCACUCAGAAUAAUGAAUCUCUCUCUCUCUCUCUCUCUCUCUCUCACACACACAUUCUCUCUCUCUCGCUCUCUCUCUCUCGCUCUCUCACACAUCUCUUACUUGCACUUUCUACAACCUUUUUUCUGUCACGUAUUUGUACUUCAACACCUCUAAAGGGAAUAUAUCAAUGUAAACAUGUUACACUGUAAUCCCACUUUCUAUGGAAACACCACCAAUAAGUGACAGACUUUAAUUACAGCCUGACAAGUUAACUUCCAGUUAUAAAUGUUAGCCAAGGAAUUAAUAUUGAAAAUAGAUAAACAUAAGGACAAUGUGACAAUGAAUUGGGGUCUGUCUUAUAUAUGCACACAUCAGGCACACUGUGACCCCAGUCUAAUUGUCCCAGCUCUCUUCUCCUACUUCACUUGAAGGCUGCAAGUUGUGGUCUCGAUGCUUUGAGUGCAGUUCCACAGAGAGUCAGUCUUUUUUUAAACUUUAAAAGGUUUUUUUUUAAGAAAUAAAAUUUGCAUCUGACAGACAGUGGACAAAUGAGACUUUUACUACUGAUGGUGUGGAAUAUAAAACAAUGUUUUGAGGUCCUUCUGCAGAUUCCUGUUUGUUAAAGUAAAUUUACAUAUUGCUAGUGUCUUGCUUUUGACAUGUUGUAACUGCAUUCAUGGCCUACUGUUAACUCUGCUGGUGCCUCUCUCCCAAAUCACAACCUGAACUUAUAAUUCCUUUGACUGGGAUCCCGGGAAACUCGGGCGAGGGCACUUGGUUCAGUUUAACUUUGUAAAUGAGGAUCAUGAUUUCAGGUGAGAGAGUGGGCAGUGGGAUCAGUUAUAUUUGAAUAAUUUUGCAAGGGAUCUUGCAGAUGUUUUGUCAGUUCAUCAGCCAAAGGUUAAUAGUGAUGUAAAUAUACAGUCAGGCCAUGACCUUUGUUCCCACCUGCUAAUGUAGCGUUUAAUUCAAAAAGAAAAGUUUGCAUUUGUGUAAAUCACUGAAGCUACUGCUGUCAGGCCGAUGUUGUGGUGAGCUGGCUGAUCCCUGUGGUUGUAUCAGCCCCUGACUUGUGAAACCACAUUGGCUUUGUGUGGUCUUUCUUUAUCCUUUAAGAUCAUGUUUACUGACACCUGACAUCCCAGCCACUACCCAGACAACCUUGUUUGCUUUAACUGUUUUCAAUAUUAUUAUUAAAUUUUAUAAGACUGUAAAAAUUAGGAACAGGAGUAGACCAUUUGGCUGUUCGAGUCUAUUUCAUCCAUCAAUAGGAUCGUGCCUGAUCUGGCAUUCCUUACGCCCACUUUCCUGCCCUUCCCUGGAAUGAUCAAGAUCCUAUCUAUCUCAGUCUUAUAUAUACACAAGGACUCACAUACCCGUAAAUCUUGUGCAGACAAGGCUCGCAUUGGGGUGACCAGUGUUUAGACUUCGAGCUCAUUGAGAUCCUUUUCCCUGUAUCAAUUUCUUCCUUGGCCCAGCACCCAGCCAGUAACUGAGCUUCCAAGUUAAUAUCACAGUCAUUGUAUAAUUGGGAAAGCCAUUGACUGUUUCCUUACUGCCUCCAAUUACUCUUUCUUUCUGUCAGUCAUCCCUCUCUGGCAUGCAUCAAUCCCCAUGGGGAGUGUUGAACCCUUUAGCACUGUUCAGUGUUCCCAUAUCUGGUUCUGGAAUUUACCAGAUGACCAAUUACACCACCAAGUCAAACAGCCUUGUUUCCUGCAUUUCCUGAUGUCUUUAUAACUAAUGGACUGGAGUGUUGGAAGCAAGGAUGUAAAACAUCCAUUUAUUUUAUUACUUCUGAUUUUGGUUUGCUUCUGUGUUUUGAAUCCCAGCAGUGUCCAUAUUAAUUUCUGUAGAAUUGGAGACAAUCGUGCAGGGUUUUGGCAACGCUAAAUGCAGAGCUCUAAAACGUUAUGCUUCCACGUUUAUGAUCCCUUGAGGCAAUUAUCUGCCAAUGAUAGAAGUGUAUUGUACUGAAUCGACCCUUCCUCAGCCCAGUGUCCUUCAGCAGUGACUGAUGUGUGGGGGAACAGGGAGAGGUCAAUUGAAAUUGAAACUCAAUCUGCAAUGAAGUAGUCGAGAAAGAUCCAGUGUGGUCCUGUCAAAAUCAUUUUAGUAAUUCUUUUACACAAUUUUAAAGUCAUAUCUGAUUGGCUUGCAUUGUGGUAAAUUAUUUGAUUCUUCCAAUUGGAAAGACUAAUAGAUGUCCAUUCACUUUAAAAAAAACUUAAUAUUUGUGUAAAUGCAUCAACAGUAUUAAUCUUAUUUUUGUAUUUUCUAAAACAUAUUACCAUCACUGUAUAUUUUAAAACAUUUAAGUAAAGAUGGGUUUUAAAAGUGUAUUUGAGUAAAUUGGUAAGCUGUUCUCAUUGAGAUGAUGGACAGUAGAGUGGUGAGUCCAGUCUUUGUACCGGAUGAUUCCCCAUUUCAUUUCAAGGCACCAAAAGCUGAGUAGAACAUUGAGAGAAUGAUGGGUGUUGCUUACUGUUUGAAUCCAGUCAGCUGGAGGGGCUGCUGUUGGUUCAUGUGGUCAAAGGGCUCACUUUUCAAACCCAGGAUGUCAAGUUAGGAGUUCACUCAACUUUUUAGAAACUCAUGUCGAUCAGAGAUUUUUUUAAAGUUCUGAAAUAAAUCUAACUGAACCUUCCUUUAUAUACCUACAA